UUGAACGCACCCCAGACAACGCGUCAUAGCCUACAGCUGUGCCAAGUCAUAUGACCUUACAUUAGUGCAAGCUCACGGAAACAGAGGAAAACAAAGGACUGCUCAGCUGCGGUAGUGUAUAAUUUGUUGAUUUCAGGAUUUGUUAGAUACUGUGUUGAACUAGCUAACUAUUGUUGUUAAGACGAAGCUUUUUUCCGUGCUAUAUAUGGUACAUUUCUGUUGUACUUAUGGAUUUGUAUGGAGGCAUAUGUUGCCUAAUGCAGAUUGUUUGUCCCUCAUACAAAUCGGUCAGCUCUUCUUCUUUUGCACUUUUGAGUUCAGCUAUCCCUCGAGAUGGCAGAUAAGAACUUUCUGUUGUUCUUGUUCAUAACACUCUGUGCGGUCAUUACAUGUGAUGGGAGUGUAUCCCUAUCUGCUCCAGCCACUGUAAAUCUGGAGGAGAACAGUUCAGCCAAUAUCACCAUAACGCCUAGCUCUCCUCAGAAUGUCUCAACACUCAUUAUUUUUAACUUCACCGACUCCUCUGCAAAUGUUACCUCAAUACUUCAACUGCCUCAACAGGUAGAGUUGCCUGCAAACGCCACAUCAAGCACUUUUGAGGUUCAUGCAGAACAUGUGGGUCAGGUGACAGCCUAUUUAUACAGCAACAACACUGACAUUGCAAGCCCCAAGACCCGAAUCCGUUUCUUGGUUAUUAGAAGCAACACUGUUGAUAUCAUUAACCAAGUAAUUGGUUGGAUUUACUUCCUAGCAUGGUCUAUAUCAUUCUACCCUCAAGUAUAUGAGAACUGGAGAAGAAAAAGUGUGGUGGGGCUGAACUUUGAUUUUCUGGCACUCAACUUGACAGGAUUCAUUGCCUACAGUGUCUUCAAUGUAGGCCUCUUCUGGGUUCCGUACAUGAAGGAAGAGUUUUUGAAGAUAAAUCCAAAUGGUGUAAACCCAGUGGAUGCCAACGAUGUGUUCUUCAGUCUCCAUGCAGUUGUGCUGACUCUUGUAUAUGUCUCUCAGUGUGCCAUCUAUGAAAGAGGAGGGCAGAUGGUGUCCAAGAUUGCUGUUGGCCUUCUGGUGAUUGGUUGGACGUUUGCCCUGGUUACCCUCUUUGUUGCUGUGGCCAGUAAGAUCACCUGGCUGGAAUAUCUCUACUAUUUUUCUUACAUCAAGCUAGGUGUCACCCUCGUCAAAUACAUCCCACAGGUCUACAUGAACUACCAAAGACAAAGCACAGAGGGGUGGAGCAUUGGCAAUGUGUUGCUGGACUUCACAGGAGGCAGCUUCAGUCUCAUUCAGAUGUUCCUUCAGUCGUAUAACAACGAUGAAUGGAAGCUCAUCUUUGGGGACCCCACAAAGGCAGGACUUGGCUUGUUCUCCAUAUUAUUUGAUGUGGUGUUCAUCAUUCAGCAUUACUGUCUGUACAGACAUAAAACACAUUAUGAGCUUGUGGUUGACCAGGAAUAGGCUAAUUGUCUUUUACUGUUUACCUCUGCCAGUGAAUCCAAAUGAUUUACUGAAGGACUAAUAUAAGGGCUUUCUUCUAUGUAGUGUUCCCAGUCAUUGAAUGGGAAGCUAUUUAGACACAGGGGGGCCAUACUUCCUCGUCUCAAAAUGCGUCAGCCAAUUAAAAUAUUUGGUGUAGUUGCACGUGAUCAAACACUAUUGGUAUUUUCAAGACAACUGGGAAUUCUGGGGAAUGAGGUUGAAUCAUGACAUCAGUGAUCAAUCUACAGGUCGGAAAGUCAAAGCUCUAGAAAGAGGCUAGAGUUCCCGACUUGGAAUUCCGAGUUGGAAGACUGCUCAAAAUAUAUUUCCCCAGUCGUAGAUAGCCCAGUUCGCAGUUGUAUUGAAUGCUCGGAAGUGUCCGAUUUUCCAGGUUCCGGUUGUUUUGAACGCGGCAUUAAUGUUCCCUUCAGAUAACCUGUCAGAUUGAGGCUGCUUUCCAAACACUUAAAAGACACCCUCAGCCCUCAAAUUAAGUGGACACUUCUGAUGCAGGGCAAGGGAAGAAUCAAUUAAUUUGAAAUGGACUGCUCUUGCCAGGAAAUGUGUCACUCGUUCAUCCCACGGUUGUGUUUUCAGUCAUCAUGGAACUGUUGCGUGUGCCUUUAUAUGCUCUACAGUCAAUUAUGAUUGCAUUUCAUAUCUUGGCUAGAAGACAACGCCUCGGCAGACAUUGAAUGUUAGCCUUCCUACUAUAUCCGGAAAUUACAAUGUAUAAGUGUGAUGUCAGGGAAAGAUAUAUGCGCAAGCAAACGUUUCCAAUAGCCAACCAAACAAAAACAUCAUGACUUUUAUGAUGUUUGAGCCGUCAUGUGCAUUUAGUAGCACAAUUUCUAACUUAUUUACAUUUGUUUCUACUUACACUUGUAUGUUGACUUCUCCAUAUAAUGUUGGUUUUAAGUUUUGGCUGACUUUUCUUAGUGGAUGUACAAUCAUCGCAAAUUGAAUAUGGGGCUUUUCAAGCCCUGGAGUGAACAUAAUUGUAAACUCGAUCAAAAGCGAGGAUAGAAGGGCUUACGUUGCCAACUUCCCUUGCUUAGCUAAUCAUUUGGACCGACGACAAAGGAGGCUGCCGUGAUUCCCCCAAUUUAGAUAAAGGUUACAUUUAAAAAAUAAUAAUAAUUUAACGUGCAUAAGUGGUGGAGGCUGUUUAUUUUAUGGGUUUGAAAUGCAACCUCAGCCUUUUGCUAACUUGCAUAGCUGGCCCGUGAUCAUAUCUGGUUCAAAUGCUGUAUCGAUCAAUUAAAAUCGUUGAUGUAGUUGGACCUGACCCAACACGUUAUGAUGAAAGUGUCCUUAACAAAAGUCCAACGACACGUUCUGAUAAUCAAAGCAACUAGAUCACGUGUGUUUGACUGACUGCUAACUCCACGUAAUUGUUGCAGAUUGUGGCAAGGGUUUGAAUCUCAUGAGUUUAUUUUCCCCCUUUUGAAAUGCAGAAUUACUUUUUGUGUCAGUGUGUUGAGAAGUGUAGCCAAAACCAUGUGAAUGAAGAUUACGCAUACAUUGUAGCCAAAACCAUGUGAAUGAAGAUUACGCAUACAUUUAAUGAGGAGCUUCUUGUUGGAGUCCCUCUUGCAGACUGACACAGGCUACUGGCGCUGCUACAUAAAUAAUCGUCACUUCUAUAAACUAUAUUACAUAGAUGUUAGUGCUGUGCGAUUAAUACCGGCAUCGAUUCAAUUAUUUGAAUUCUAUUUCUUUCCGUUUUAUUUCUGUGAAUUAGAUGUAACGUUUCUAUACAGAUAUAUUAGAUCAUGCAUUACCAACAGUCCAAUAUUCUACAUAGUUUAGUGCAGAAAACGUGAUGAUUAAUUACAAUGAGAAUAAUCCAUUGCGUGCCAGUUUAAACUUGUCUGGUCUGUCUUGAGCAAGGCAAUGGGGUGCGUUCGUAAAUUAAUUUUUGCUAUCUACACUGAUUUCAGAGCACUCGUUUGAGUGUGCUAGAGUGCAGAAUAAUUUAUAUAAUUUACGAAUGCGCAACACCCGUUGAAAUUGAAAGGUGUCAGUAAAGGUUGGGGGAAAAAACGCAAAUAAAUUGUUGCUAGCAGCAUAGUUAGUCACUAAUGCUCUAGAUAACGUGACAACAGCCUAACUAGCUCUGCUAGGGCAAGUGAAAUGGUCACAGUGAGGUGUUGUCUCAUUUGUGUGUGGAAGUAGCAAGCCAACUUUAGCCAGUUAGCUUUGGCACUUAACUGCCGUUGUGAGGUCAGAACGCUCAGAUCGACCCUACUCCUCGCCUGAACGCUCCGAGAGUGAAAACGCUCUGAAUUUACUUAAGUGAUAAUGCCAGAGAAGCCGGUGUUUUGAAGAUGUAUUGGCACAGGUGUUUCGUCUUGGGCCUGCAAACCGUGCCAUUAUAUCCUCCGAACUCCGGGUUCGAGGGCAUUAUCACUUUUAUACAACGGGUUACCAACAUAUUUGAGUAAUGAUUGACAUAUUUUCAUUAAUGUUAUUUUGAUAAACGUAUUCAUAUUAUUUCAUCCUUCCGCAAGAUAUAGUCCAGACACGAAUCUAGGGUUGCUACCCAAGCCGGCUGGUCAUUUAUUCUAUGAGACACAGUCGUUCAAUUAUUUUUUUCCCCCCAGAAUCUAUGGACAUGACCCAGUCGUUCGUUCUAAAUGUGCCAUAACCAUAAUGGCUGGCAAAAUUCGUAUCCCUUGCCUGCUCUAGCUAGCCAUAGUUGGCUAACUCACAGUCGCGUCAAACAGUGCUGCCAGAAUAACAACAGUAGCUUGCAUUUGCUUUUGUUUAAGCUGUUUUCUAGUGAUGACAUGUAUUUAGACAUCCAUAACAAUGAGCUAAUGAGGUGUGAUUUCGCAUAGCAUAGAAAAUGUGCUCUCCCAUCAGGACAAUUGUUCAGAGGUUCAGAGCUUCAAUGCCAUACAACACUCCUUCCGUGGCCUCCAACUGCUCUUAACCGCUGGGGCGGCAGUGUUCUGUCGUUCUGCCCCUGAACAGGCAGUUAACCCACUGUUCCUAGGCCGUCAUUGAAAAUAAGAAUUUGUUCUUAACUGACUCGCCUAGUUAAAUAGGUAGGUAAAAGGUAUAAAAAAAAAACGCUAGUAAAAACAAAUGCAUGCUUUUCAACCGUUUGCUGCCUGCACCCGUAAACUCUCCUUCCAGACUCAUAUGAAACAUCUCCAAUCUAAAAUCAAAUCUAGAGUCGGCUUUCUAUUCCGCAACAGCCUCCUUCACUCACGCCGCCAAACUUACCCUAGUAAAACUGACUAUCCUACCGAUCCUCAACUUCGGCGAUGUCAUCAACAAAAUAGCUUCCAAUACUCUACUCAGCAAACUGGAUGCAGUUUAUCACAGUGCCAUCUGUUUUGUUACUAAAGCACCUUAUACCACCUACCACUGCGACCUGUAUGCUCUUGUCGGCUGGCCCUCGCUACAUAUUCGUCGCCAGACCCACUGGCUCCAGGUCAUCUACAAAUCCAUGCUAGGUAAAGCUCCACCUUAUCUCAGUUCACUGGUCACGAUGGCAACACCCACCCGUAGCACGCGCUCCAGCAGGUGCAUCUCACUGAUCAUCCCUAAAGCCAACACCUCAUUUGGCCGCCUUUCCUUCCAGUUCUCUGCUGCCUGUGACUGGAACGAAUUGCAAAAAUCGCUGAAGUUGGAGACUUUUAUCUCCCUCACCAACUUCAAACAUCUGCUAUCUGAGCAGCUAAUCGAUCGCUGCAGCUGUACAUAGUCCAUCGGUAAAUAGCCCACCCAAUUUACCUACCUCAUCCCCAUACUGUUUAUAUUUAUUUACUUUUCUGCUCUUUUGCACACCAGUAUCUCUACCUGCACAUGACCAUCUGAACAUUUAUCACUCCAGUGUUAAUCUGAAAAAUUGUAAUUAUUUGCCUACCUCCUCAUUCCUUUUGCACACAAUGUAUAUAGACUAUUUUUUCUCUCUACUGUUAUUAACUUGUUUAUUGUUUACUCCAUGUGUAACUCUGUGUUGUUGUCUGUUCACACUGCUAUGCUUUAUAUUGGCCAGGUCACAGUUGUAAAUGAGAACUUGUUCUCAACUAGCCUACCUGGUUAAAUAAAGGUGAAAUAAAAAAAUAAAGAGAAGCUAGCCAACCACACAGCUAACACAAUCACUUCAAACUGAAGCUGGAAAGACUGCAAAGUGGCUGCAGUUUGUUUCAUUUGACCUUUUUCAAAUGGAUAUUUCUAUGUAUAUAUCCAUAAAAAUUAUGCUAACUGAUUCAGGAUUUCGACUGAAUGAGAAACACUACCUGCCUGUCUGUCUCGUCCCGACAUCUCCGCUGUUGAUAACUAAAUGUUAGUCUAAAAAAAAGAGAUAUUGCCUAGAUUAUUUUUUAUAGAGGAGAUAAAGUUUAUAAAUUGCCUGGCUGGGCUGAUGAGAGUGGAUUGCGCAGCCAGAUGGAACAGGGUAAAUAGGCAUUUUAAUGUAAUAUAUUUCGCUGGUGGCAACUUGCAGAAUAGACACCGACUGGAAUGCGGUUUUAACCAAUCAGCAUUCAGGAUUAGACCUGCCCGUUGUAAACGACAACCUGACAACGCUCUGAAUUUACGAACGACCCAGAGCGCACUCUGACACUGGAGGCAAUUUAAGAACACAUACAUGGAGAGAAGUGAGAACGUGCAAUCCAGAGGGAUAGAAAGCAGUUGCUUCGCCAGCCUGAAAUGUGAUUUAUAGUUGGUAUUCAGCAGUCAUAAAAGUACACGUUAUUUACUUUGAAGAACUACACUUUAUUUACUUUGAAGAACUACUGAGAUAGUGAUUUUGUCAGACACCAUAGACAUUAGCUCUUUAUGAGGUGACUUUGAAUUAAAUAAUAGUUAUCAAAUAAAACACAUUUGAUGGAAGUAAUGUUGUGAUGGGCAGUCACUACCACCAUGGGACUUGUAUUAAUUGUUUUAUUCUGUUACAGAAUUCAACCCACAUAAUGCAUUUAAUGUAUACAAAAACAAUAUGGAAACGCAAGUCGAAAAAGUGAUUUAUUUUUCCAGAAUCAAACCCGAAACCAAACCGACCUAAAAACACUAAUCCCUCAGCACUAAUAUGUGUGUAGGCUACACACAACGUUUUAUAUGCAUUAUUAUAAUAAUCCACUUCGUCACAAAUGCAUAAUUUGAGUCUAGCAUUGAGGAACAGCAAUUAACAGUGUUUUUCUGAACAAAAAUGCAUGAUGCAAGGUGGGCUUGAACUCAUGGUUUAUGAGCACUGUCAUUUUAUCGUCAACAGUGUGUGCCACCAGGACCGAAUAAUGACGGUACAUGACAGCUAUUUGACAAGUCCAUAAGGCUCUUCAACUUUUUAAACAAUAUGAUACACUUUAAAUAUUGUAUAGACCUCUUAUUUUUUUCCUGUAAAAGCACAUUGAUGUGUGUGGAAUGGAUGUGCGAAAACUUGGGAUUUUGUCAUAUGUGAACGUGCCUUUUGCAAUCAUGCAAAAUUGGGGCACUAUACUUGAAACAUACCAAGCAUAAUUUGUAGGUUUAAAAUAUCCUUCCUUGUGGCCAUUUUUACCUAUUUUAAGAAAUGCCAUUGGUUGGUAACGUUGAUACAGGAAAUAAUCACUGCCACCUGCUCAGGUUAGCAUAGGGCUAAAUGUGUCAGGCUAUGUAAUGGGAACAGCUAACGUGUGGUGUUUGAUCACGUGAAACUACAUCAACAAUUUAAAUUCGCCAAUGCACAUUUUGAGAAACUUACUUUUUAAGCAAAGGCCCCGUUUUUAAACUUUUUCUGUAUGACUCCAGGGCCUUUGCUUAAACAACUUUCAAAUGAUUGUAGGAUAAUAGGGAUUUCAUUGUGUUCCAUAAAUUGUGAGUAAAUUAUGGUUUAAUACCACUAAGGGAGGAACUUUAAAACAAAUUUUUUACUGACUAGCAUAGGCCUUGAACUUGUCAAUCUGUCAAAGCAAUGGCUCACUUUUUGCAAUACAAUACGACUGUUUUUAUUUUUAUUAAAUGUAUUUUUUUUUUCAAUAUUUGAAAGAUAAUUGCUAUUUUGAAAUAGACAGAAAACAUGAUGCUUUAUUGUCAAAUUAAUAAAAUAUUUUCAACUGAA